AUGACGACAUUGAACAACGCUUCUCAAUGGGAGUUUGAUGCACCCAAGUUUUACGAUUUCACAAAGCAAGAGAACCCUAAUGAGCAAGUCGAAUCAUGGUUUGCCAAACGAUCUGCACCCUUUUCACGGCAUAUUCGACCUGCAUCCUCCAAGCGAGCAAAAGAAACAGCUACCAGGAUACCUCGAACGGAUGCCAAUAAGCCUACAAAGAAUGAUACAACAACAACAUCGUCAUCGUCAUCAUCACGGUCUACAACAGCAGCAGCACCCAAGAAACGAGUGGAUAUCUUUGAUGCACUAGCAAGUACACCCACCAUAGCAUCCGCCGCAAAACGAACCACAGCAGCUUCAGACAAACGACCCCAUCAACAGCAACAACCGCCACCACCAUCAUCAUCGUCAUCACCAUUGACAAAACAUGAUAUAACGACCACUGAGACAUCAAUAAAGAAACCACCUCCUCAAUCAACAUUACCAUCACGUGUUCCCAGAUUACCAACACGCCUUCCAACGCAGGAUGAUCCCACACAGCGUACUCAUCUUCAGAGCAAAGACAAUGAAUUCAGUAUUGAGGACAAUCGACAACAACAAUCACUUUCGAAGGAUAAUGACAAGGAUGAUAAGGAACGACAAUCACUCACGAAGAACAAUGAAAAGCAUGAUGAUCAUCAGUUACAAGAACAACAACGCAUACCAGCCGAUGAAAAUGUACCUCCUCCAUCAUCCAGUAUCAACCAUCCUAGGACAACUACGAAAGAGGACGAUAGGAUAUCACUUUCCUUGACCGAUUUCAAUGCCAUUUUUCAUCGUGUGGAAGAUAUGCGUGCGCAGAUUGCCCAAGUGACUGCAACGGAUAUCCCUAAACAAGCUGUCGACAAGGCUACGGCUAUAACACCACCAUCCACAAAGACCAUCACACGACCCACUGGUCCCAAUAUGACAGCUAUUGAAGGAAGGAUUCAACGUGCUAGAAAGGCCAUGCGAGAAUCUUUGGCUAUUACGGAAAGGUGGUUUCAGUCAACAGAAGAUUCAUCCUCCUCAUCCUCCUCCUUCUCCUAUCUCCCAUCUCACAAGCUAUCUCAAAUAUCAAAGUGGCGACAUGACACCACUGCAGAUGACUUUUCCGAUUCUCUUUCUACUCGACGACGACCCUAUUCCGAUUUGGAUGAUACAACAACAACGCGUUCUACCACUACCACUCAUAGGUCACGCACAUCAAGGGGACUCAAGCGAAUGGCUCCUACCUAUCUACGUACUGAACCCACCAUACCCAAAAGUCCUAAAUUUGCUACUGAUUCUCGACAUGCACGAUCAUCCCCUUAA